UAUUUUGUCUGUCGCACUGACCAAACUCAUAGGGCACACACACAUUUAAUGAAUUAUGUAAGAUAUAACUAUAAUAAUUUAACAACCUAUGUUAUUUGUGGCCAUUCGACUUUCAACACUAUAGUAAGGCAAGCACCUACAUAUACACUCAUUCCAAUUGAUUGUUAACUCCAAGUACACAAAAAAAAAUGCCAACCUUAAGUCUAAUCACAAACGUACCCAAGUACAAAGUACCGGCAAGUUUCUUGUCUGACGCGUCCAAGUUGGUCAGUGAGAUUUUAAAAACUCCAGAAUCGGAAAUUUCUGUUAAAAUAAAAACUGGAGAUCCAAUGUAUUGGCAUAACAACUAUUCUUACUGUGGAAUUGGUAGUUUGGCCGUCGUAGGCAUUUAUGGAUUCGAAGAAAAUAAAAACAACUCCUUUUCUAUUUACAAUUUUAUUGAAAAACAACUUGGCAUUCCACAAAACAGAUUAUAUAUUUCGUUUGUGGAUCAAAAGCCGUCGAACAUCGGAGUCCAAGGAACUACUUUGGAAGAAAAGAUUUUAUAAAACAAUUAUACAAUAUGUUCAUUAUGUUAGUUGCACUUUUUAAUAAAUAGAUGAAAUAAAGUAUUGUUGUAGACA